UCUCACCCCGCCUGCUCGGCGGCGGAGGCGGCGGUGGCGGCAGCGGCUGUCCCUGCCUCUCCGCCACCUCCACCCCGGCCUAUUCCCCGGCCGGCGGCGUUGGCGGGGAGGGGGACAGUAGUUGUAGACGCCCGCCCCUGCCUCAGAGAAGACUUAGGAGAUUCAUGCAAAAUGUAUGAAAGAAUUAUCAUGCAUCCAGUUACUAAAAGUCCAGUCACAUUCAAGAUCCUGAUAGGACCAUUAAAACUGCUUUGAAGAACCUCUUCUAUCCAUUUUCACCUAUAGCUGUAACGCUCCUAAGAGGAGGAUUAAAUAUUGAUACCACGUUGAAUGAACAAAUAUUGAACUUUUAUAGUUACCCUUUGUAAAAGGAGUAUGGGGGGUAGGAUAUAGUUUGAAUCGCAAAGGAUUUCACAUUAUGAGAUGACUGGGAAUAGAGUAUUAGACAAAAUCGAUUUGGGGAUCUCUGCAUCGUGUUUUUUAGCUCCCCGGUUGUUGCACAGUCUCACCAUGUGGGGAAAGCUCAUGCUAGAAAACUGAAGAAAUUAAUGGGUGACUAUGAUCAGAUUUCUUCACCAAGUUCUCAGCCUGAGAAGAGAAUCCCUUGUUGUCAACCUAAUGAAGCAUUCAAAGAAGACAUAUGACUCUUUUCAAGAUGAACUUGAAGAUUAUAUCAAAGUGCAGAAAGCCAGAGGCUUAGAGCCAAAGACUUGUUUCAGAAAGAUGAGAGACAACUGUUUGGAAACCUAUGGAUACAGAGAAGAGCUUGAUUACCGACCAAGGUAUAGAAUGUUUGAUCAAAGACGCUCAUCUGAAACUGGGCAGCCCUACCCAAGAUCAUGCCCUAGUUCACAAAAAGUGGAAAACCAGUUACCUCAGUGGCUACCAGCUUAUGACAGCAGACUAAGACUAGACUCCCUGAGCUACUGUCAAUUCACCAGGGACUGUUUCUCAGAAAAACCAGAACCCCUGAACCUUAGUCAGCGAGAGUCUAACUGUAGCUCAUACAGUGUAGAAUCUGGAGUUCACAAGCGCCUCUCCUCAGAAAACAGUGCCGGUGGCCAUCCAGCCAGGCAUAAACAGCUACAUCAGAAGGGGAAAAGACACCCGGAGGAAGGCAGAGACGAACCAGAGGAGGAGCGGCCCAAGCAUAAGAGAAAAAAAGGUUGCGGGGAAACAGAUUUAGAUAAACACAAGAACUUCCAAAGAAACAAAACACAGAUGGAAACAGUCAGGGUCAGUACAGAAAAGCUUAAGAAUCGAAAGGAGAAAAAAAGCCGAGAUGGAGCCUCUAAGAAAGAAGAACGUAAACGUAGAAAAGAGAAAAAGGAACAAGGUAAAGAGAGGACAGAGGAGGAAAUGCUUUGGGACCAGUCUAUCCUUGGAUUUUGAAGCUCUUGAGUUGGUUCUCCUGAGGUUAAAUUGAAAAAAUAGUUGAGGGGCCUGGUUUUCUGACGUUUACGUUCAUGUUGGUUCUUUCCUGUGAACAGGUACUGCAACUUCUAACAACAGGCCAAGUGAACACAAAGUAUUUAAUACGCUUACUCUCCAACAUGGAAAUUACUUUUCCUCAUUUUCUAAAAGCAUCCUUACAUUCUUAUAUAAUGUAAUUUCCCUUAAUGACAGUGGCUCUGCUUUUACUCAUCAAAUUGCUGGGAUGGUAGAAGUAUUUUUCCCUUGGGAGGUCAUUUAUUUUAAAUUGGAGUAUUAAUAGGCUUUGCAGAAUCUAUUUCUUGAUUGGGUUUGUUUUAGUUUUGGGUGGGGUAUUUUUAUAUUCAUUAGUUUUCUCUAUGACACAAUUUAGACUGAUUUUUUUUUCCUUUUUAGAUCUAACUUGCAGUGUAUUUUGUAGAUUGGAAGGUGGAGAAUGAAAUACAUUAUAAUAAUAAUAAGCUAAGGUUACAUAUAGUUUUAAAAGUUUCAAAGAGUUUUGAUGCAAAAUCAGUUUAUAUUCUGGAAAUAUUUAUAAUAAAGUGUUCUAAUUUCUGCG